GACUUCUCCCUCUCAGUUCACGACCAUAUCAUUGCUCUCCAAUAUUGCCUCGAUUUUCCCAUUCAUGACGCAGCUAUGCAGGAAAAGACAACAUCUUACCCGUUGAGUGCGAAAUUUCUAGUCUUCCAUCCGAUUCCGGUUUUCGUUUCGGUUCGGUUACCCAUCAAGCCGGAUUAAUAGAUUUAUAUAACUCGGCCGAACGCUGACAGCGCUUUUUUAUCAACUUCCACCAUGCAGAACGCCAGCGACAUGAAGAAUGCACGCGAGGCCAGUACCAUCGAUAUUGCAGCAGUGAGGAACUUGGUAUACGAUGGGCUCGAGCGCUGGGAGCAAAAGCAGAGAAUUGAAAAAAUUCUUUCUAAUGACCCUGUGUUUGACAAAGCGAAAAGACCUUUCAUCACACGAACGGAAGCAUACCAUCGUGGGCAACGGAUAACAAAUCGCAUAUAUCAAAUCGAGCAGGAUUUGGGAUGGACGAAAGAUGAUACCGCAGUCGCCUUUUCAGUACUAGAUGACCGCCUUCCUUCAGGUUUACAUAGCGAUGCCUUUGAACCUGUCAUCAGUGGCCAAGGAUCACCCAUCCUUUUGGAAAAGUACGGGAAAUUGGUGGCUACUCGUGGCGUCCUUGGAUGUUACCUACAAACAGAGCUCGGCCACGGUUCCAACGUCACUCAGCUAGAAACGACGGCGACUUUUAUUCCAGAGACGCAGGAGUUCGAGAUUCACUCGCCUACGCUUACGAGUACGAAAUGGUGGAUUGGAGCGCUUGGGAAGACCGCGACUCACGGAGUAUUACAAGCAAAGCUGAUCCUGCCUGGGGGUAAGGAUAUGGGGCCCCAUCUUUUCUUCGUGCCGCUUCGAUCUUUAGACGACCAUAAGCUUUUGCCUGGCAUCAUUGCAGGUGAUAUCGGCCCGAAGGCUAUGAACGGAUACAAUUCUGUUGAUAAUGGUUACGCACGAUUUGAGCACUACCGGAUACCAAAGGAAAACAUGCUCUCCAAGUUCGCUCAGGUUACUGAAGACGGUACUUAUGUCAAACCACCUCACGCGAAACUGAGCUACGGCGGAAUGAUGUACAUACGUUCUGGAAUGAUACAUCAUUCAGGGACUGCGGUAGCUCGAGCUAUUACGAUCGCCAUACGGUAUGCCACUGUACGUCGACAAGGGGAGAAAGGGCCAGAUGGCCUUGAGCAUCAAGUUAUCAUGUAUCCGUCCGUAUAUGGCCGACUACUAACUAUCCUCUCGCGAGCGUACGUGUAUAUGCUCUUGGGACGAAACAUGUUGAAAUCGUUCAACGCCUUCUCGCGGAAGCUAGCGUCUGGAGAUAUGUCUAUGUUGCCUGAAAUGCAUGCCAUCACCAGCGGACUCAAAGUCUUGUGUACGGCGACAACUAUGGACGACAUCGAAUCGGCGAGACGGUCUAUGGGAGGGCAUGGAUACAGUGCCUUUGCAGGAGUAGGCAAAAUCUAUGCGGAUUACCUUCCCAGUGUGACAUUUGAAGGAGAGAAUUUUGUCCUAGAUAAACAGGUCCUGCGCGCAGCACUCAAAUCCUCAAAGAACGAUAGCUCGUCGCUUUCGCCCUUUUCGCAGUAUCUUCGACUUCUCCACAGAGGACAAGAGGUUCCUGUUCCUUCGUGGCAGGACCCAAACGAGGUUGUACUGCUACUUGAAUGGCGUGCUGCAUCGCUGGUGAGGGAUGCGGCGGAAACAGAUGAUCAUUCGGACACCAGUAUCACGCAGCGGGUAUCGAAAGGCGUUGCUGAGGCAUUCGUAGCAACGCAGGUACUGGGCAUGAUCAGCACUGUAGAGAGCUCGUUGAGAGCCGAUAAUGCCUUGGUGUUGAAAGGGUUGUUUAUGCUUUACCUACUUUCGGCAGUUGAAGGAUCCUUGACAGACUUGUUAACAUUCAAUCUCAUCAACAGUGACCAGACUAGGACUUUGCGCAAGGCGAUUUCGAGGACCUGUCAAGAAUUGCUCCCGAAUGCCAUUGGACUUACGGAUGCAUUUGGAUUUUCAGAUUGGGAACUCGAUAGUGCCUUGGGUGUAUAUGACGGAAAGGUGUACGAAGCGCUCUGGGCCCGGGUGCAGACGGAGCCCUUAAAUCGGACGGAGGUACCCGAGGCGUACGAGGAGUCUAUCAAACAUAUACUUGCGAGGGGAAGACAGUUAGCGAAGUUGUAAUACGCUCUCGCGAGGUGUGUGCUGCGGUGAUAUGUCAUCAUAUGGGCACAUGGUGUAGUUGGUUUAUCACGCCCGCUUAGCACU